AAAGAUUCAAAUAAGUAGGGAAAAGGGUAAUGGUAAACGUUACUUUUUCUAUAUGUUUGGUAUCCCAGUGGAAUUGAAACAAUUUGAGUAGAUUGUGAUUGAGUAAGAAAACGUAUUUUUGUUUCCACUAGUUUGUCAAGGGUAACAAAUUGGGGGAUUUUGUUACCCUUAGGAAACAGUAUUUGUUACUUUUAACCCAUACCAAACAACUAAAAAUAAACACUUAAUUGAAUCCGUUUCUUACAUCUAAAAUUACUAUAACAAACGCCCCCUUAAUCUACACUGCUACGCGUUUAUGCAUCAAAUAAACCACUUGCGACGGUCCCUCAAACCACCCCUAAUUGUCCCGAAAACCAACUCAAUAUAGGAUUAUGAAUUACUACUCGUUGAUCGCCCAGCAACAGAAAUUAAAUUAAACUCCCAAAAAAAGAAUGCAUCGUUCUUCUUUGCAAUCAUCAUGCAACUCUGUUCUACGCACCACUGGUAAUCUCUUCUUCUUCUUCCACUCUACUUCUUCCAUCAACCCACAAAAACCACCAUCAUCACAACAACAUAAACGAACAACAAACAACCCAGAAACCCAAAAUGCCAUACAAUUAUUCUCAAGAACCCUAAUUGUUUCCCCAAAUCGAAUCCAAAAGCUAAUUUCUACCCAAUCAGACCCUCUUUUAGCCAAAGAAAUCUUCGAUUUAGCUUCUCGUCAACCCAAUUUUCGUCAUUCUUACUCCACUUAUCACACUCUAAUUCUCAAAUUAGGAAAUGCUCGCCAAUUCACUCUCAUGGAAAAGCUUCUUCUUGAGCUCAAACGCCUUCGUUAUCCCACUACCCCAGGUUUAUUUUCGAGCUUAAUUUGCAUUUAUGGCGAUGCCCAGAUGCCUGAAAAGGCCCUUAAGAUGUUCUACAGCAUCGUAGAGUUUAAUUGUAAGCCGACCUCAAAACAUCUGAAUCAUGUUCUUGCUAUUCUUGUGUCACAAAGGAUAUUUCUUAGGCCUGCUUUUGAUCUUUUUAGGAUUGCAAGUAAGUAUGAAGUGACCACAAAUGUGAAAUCUUACAACAUUUUGAUGAGGGCAUUUUGUGGUAAUGAUGAACUAAGUGUUGCCUAUAAGCUGUUCAAUGAAAUGCUUAAGAGAGAAGUUUUGCCUGAUGUUGAAUCUUAUAGGAUUUUGAUGCAGGCAUUGUGUAGGAAGAGUCAGGUGACUAAAGCUAUGGAUUUGUUGGAUGAGAUGCUUAAUAAGGGUUUCGUGCCCGAUACUUUGAGCUAUACAAGUUUGUUGAAUAGUUUGUGUAGGAAGAAGAAGCUUAAGGAGGCUUAUAAGUUGCUAUGUAGGAUGAAAGUUAAAGGGUGUAAUCCAAACAUCAUACAUUAUAACACGGUUAUGUUGGGUUUGUGUCGUGAGGGGCGUGCACACGAGGCCAUCAAGAUCUUGGAUGAUAUGUAUUCGAAUGGAUGUUUGCCAAAUUUGGUGUCCUAUCGAACAUUGGUUGGUGGUUUGGUUGAUCAAGGGAUGUAUGAUGAAGCGAAGAAGUACUUGGAGGAAAUGAUGUCGAAAGGUUGUUCUCCGCAUUUUUCAAUUACACAUUCUUUGAUUAAAGGUUUGUGUAAUGUUGGUAGGGUAGAAGUAGCUUCUGACGUGCUUGGAGAGCUUCUUAAACAUGGUGAAGCACCAUAUAUUGGUACUUGGCAAGAAGUCAUACCGCAAAUUGCUGAGGCAGAGGAAAUGGAAAGAUUGGAUGGAUUGUUGGAUGAAGUGAUUAAGGUUGAUAUUAAACCUCAUACAAAGAUAAUUGAGGCGGGAGCUGCUUUGGAGGAGUAUUUGAUAAAAAAGAUACAAGAAAAUUAUAAGAAAGCUUGAGUUCUAAUUUCGUGUGCAAACCUUCUAGUUGAGGAAAAAAAGAAACAACGUAGCUUCAUUGGCCAUUGGCCUUGUUUGGUAAUUUUGUAGCACCCCGAUAAAUCUCAUUUUUCCAAAGCAAUAUCUUAAUUCCUUAAGGCCUUCUUUCAA